AAAUACGGAGCCUUCCACGAGGAAGCUGAGCUGGUGUGUAAUGAUAGGGCAGCAGCCGCGGCUGCAGCUAACUGACUGCCCCUGGAGCCGGUGCCACACAGGUGCUCCGAGGAGCAAGAGGAGUAAUUAUAGAGCCAGCGAAGGCUGAAACACACCUCUGAGUUCUCACCUGUGGACACAAUAGUGUAGAGCCAGUCGGUGAUAGCAAAGGGGAAGUCACGACCGAACAGUGAUCAGUCACUUCUUAGAGAAACAAGUUAAAAGGGUUUGUUUUGUUUUGUUUUAUUUUGUCUUGUUUUGUUUUUCCCCCUCUGUUUUCUUUUUCAUCCCCCUCCUCUGGUGUGACACUGCCAUGGUCAGAAAGCCAGUUGUGGCCACCAUCUCCAAAGGAGGUUACCUGCAGGGCAAUAUGAGCGGGAGGCUGCCCUCCAUGGGGGACCAAGAGCCACCUGGGCAGGAGAAGGUAGUUCUGAAAAAGAAGAUCACUUUGCUGAGGGGGGUCUCCAUCAUCAUCGGCACCGUCAUCGGAUCAGGCAUCUUCAUCUCCCCCAAGGGCAUACUCCAGAACACGGGCAGCGUGGGCAUGUCCCUGGUUUUCUGGUCUGCCUGUGGAGUACUGUCACUUUUUGGAGCCCUGUCCUAUGCAGAAUUAGGUACAAGCAUAAAGAAAUCUGGUGGUCAUUACACAUACAUUCUGGAGGUCUUUGGUCCUUUGCUGGCUUUUGUUCGAGUCUGGGUGGAACUGCUCGUAAUACGCCCUGGAGCUACUGCUGUGAUAUCCCUGGCAUUUGGACGCUACAUCCUGGAACCAUUUUUUAUUCAAUGUGAAAUUCCUGAACUUGCAAUCAAGCUCGUGACAGCUGUGGGCAUCACUGUGGUGAUGGUCCUAAAUAGCACGAGUGUCAGCUGGAGUGCCCGGAUCCAGAUUUUCCUAACCUUUUGCAAGCUCACAGCAAUUCUGAUAAUUAUAGUCCCUGGAGUUAUACAGCUAAUUAAAGGGCAAACACAUCACUUUAAAGAUGCAUUUUCAGGAAGAGACACAAGUCUAAUGGGGUUGCCCUUGGCUUUUUAUUAUGGGAUGUAUGCAUAUGCUGGCUGGUUUUACCUCAACUUUAUUACUGAAGAAGUAGACAACCCUGAAAAAACCAUCCCCCUUGCAAUCUGCAUCUCCAUGGCUAUCAUCACAGUGGGCUACGUACUGACAAACGUGGCCUAUUUUACCACCAUCAGUGCGGAGGAGCUGCUGCAGUCCAGCGCCGUGGCGGUGACCUUCUCUGAGCGGCUGCUGGGAAAAUUCUCAUUAGCAGUCCCGAUCUUUGUUGCCCUCUCCUGCUUCGGCUCCAUGAACGGUGGUGUGUUCGCUGUCUCCAGGUUAUUCUACGUCGCAUCUCGAGAAGGGCACCUUCCGGAAAUCCUCUCUAUGAUUCAUGUCCACAAGCACACUCCUCUGCCAGCUGUUAUUGUUUUGCAUCCUCUGACGAUGGUGAUGCUCUUCUCCGGAGACCUCUAUAGUCUUCUAAAUUUCCUCAGUUUUGCCAGGUGGCUUUUUAUGGGGCUGGCAGUCGCAGGACUGAUUUAUCUUCGAUACAAACGCCCAGAUAUGCAUCGUCCUUUCAAGGUGCCUCUCUUCAUCCCGGCACUAUUUUCCUUCACCUGCCUCUUCAUGGUUGUCCUCUCUCUUUACUCGGACCCAUUCAGCACCGGGGUCGGUUUUCUUAUCACCUUGACUGGGGUCCCUGCAUAUUAUCUCUUCAUUGUAUGGGACAAGAAACCCAAGUGGUUCAGACGAUUAUCAGACAGAAUAACCAGAACAUUACAGAUUAUACUAGAAGUUGUACCAGAAGACUCUAAAGAAUUAUGAACUUAAUGCAUCAAAAGCUUGGCCAUCUGCCCAGGAUUGAGAUACAAAAUGGAUUUUUAUUUCAAGAAAACACAACGUUGAUGAUGGACUAAAGGAAUCAGUUAUCUCUAUUCAUAUCCUCUAGCGUAUUCAAAUUAAUUUCUGAGCAACUUACUGGUAACUCCAUGUAUUUGUAGCAAGCUAAUAUGCAAGUCAUACAGUGAGGCAAGCUCACAGUUCUUGAGUCUAGUGCCUAUCUGCUGGGGGGAAAGGAAAAAAAACCUAAGGGCUUUGGUACCUGGGCUAUCAUUCCUCUACCACGUUUCUUAUCAUGACUGAGAACCUUGAACAGAAGACCAAAAUGGUUUCUGUAUAUAUGAGGUCUAUAAACAUAGCUUUACCUACUGGGGACAUCUAUACUGUGAAAGUAUUUUGUUUUUUAUUUUUCUGGAAAAAAAUGUCAUUAUUGUAGCAAAGAAGGUAGAAUGACUUUGAUAUUGACAUUGGACUCUUUUCCCUUAGUGAUCAACAUGGCUGUCACUUAUCUUUCAAUGGCUUAUACUCAGAGCAUCAGAACAAAAGAUGAGGGAGUAGUGUGUGUGAGUGUGUGUGUGUGUGUGUGUGUGUGUGUGUGUGUGUGUGUGUGUGUGUGUGUGUGUAGCUUGAGAUCAAAUUCAGGGCUUUACAAAAGCCAGACAAGCACUCUACCAUUGAAAUACACAUACACCCUAAUUUUCCUAAAUGCAUAAAAUAAGUAUUUCCAGGGGUUAGUAUUCAUGACACAAUCCUAGGAACUAUGUUUGUACUAAAAUCAUUGAGAACUUGUUAGGUUAACUUCAUCAUAGCUCAUUGUGAGGAAGCUCGGUGUUUGCAACAUCACUGUGCAUUCAUUGUGGUUUGUUUUUUUCCUGAAAAUGUGUACAGUUUGGUAUGCUAUCCAUUGGUGAACCACCUCUUUGAUAAUUUACUUCUUGGUGGACAAAAAUGUUUUCCUCAUCACAGUACAACAUCAGCAUGGGAGACAUUGCCCAUAAAUCUCCAAGUAUCAGGCUUUCUCUUUAUGAGCCCCAUUUAUAUGCAGUGUUAGUAAUUACUCACUUUUACUUUGUGGCUGUUUUCACCUGGUGAUGAGUUUUUGACAGUGUGUGCAUUCUCUUUACAGUUCUGUUAAAAUAUGCCUCUGGUUAAAACUAUCUGGAUCAAUUAGGAAAAGUGCAGAUUUACAUAAAAACUAUGAACGAAAUGCCACUGCUUCGUGAAAAUCUAGGCUGUUUCAGUCAUUUCUUCACUUUAGUUAUAAUUCAAUUUGCAAAAGAGGGAGAUGUGACCAAACCCAUUGAAGGAGAGUCUUCAGUACGGUUGUUCAGCUAGCUACAUAUGUUAAAUCAGAGUUAGAAAACAGUAGCCAUAUUCAAAUGGAAUUAAUGCAAUGGUGGGAUUUUCAAAAUAUUUUUCUAACAUCCAAAAAUUAAAUGCUCAGCAUAGUCACAGUUAAUUUCAUCUCUUAUAUUCUGACCACGUAAAACCACAAUGUUUUAAAAAAUUAUCCUGAACUGGGCAUUGGCCAGGUCACCACCAAGUACCACAGUGGGAGGCUGGUAGUUAAUGCCAACCUUGAAGCCAGUGGGGCACCAAUCUAUAAACUGGAUGCUGUGCUUGGUCUUGAUGGUGGCAAUGGCAGCAUUGACUAUUUGGGACCCACAUAACCACGGUACAGCAGGCAGCAAGCCAUGUAUUUACCAUGGCAAGGGUCAUAUUUCACCAUCUGGUUGGCUGGCUCAAAGCAGGCAUUGGUGAUCUCUGCUACAGAAAGCUGCUCAUGGUAGGCUUUCUCAGCAGAGAUGACAGGGGCAUAAGUGGCCAGAGGGAAGUGGAUACGAGGGUAGGGUACCAGGUUGGUCUGGAAUUCUGUCAGAUCAACAUUCAGGGCCCAUAAUCAACGGAGAGACACUCCAUCAGCAGGGAGGUGAAGACAGAGCCAGUUCCCCCACCAAAGCUGUGGAAAACCAAGAAGCCCUGGAGAUCCGUGCACUGGUCAGCCAGCUUAUGAAUCCUGUCCAGGACAAGGUCAAUGACCUCCUUGCCAGUGGUGUAGCGGCCACGGGCAUAGUUAUUGGCAGCAUCCUCCUUGCCUGUGAUGAGCUGCUCAGGGUGGAAGAGCUGGCAGUAGGUGUCAGUGAGAACUUCAUUGAUGACUGUGGGUUCCAGGUCUAUGAACACUGCCUGACGCACAUGCUUGUCAUCUCCUGUCUCACUGAAGAAGGUGUUGAAGGAGUCAUUUCCUCCCCCAAUGGUCUUGUCACUUGGCAUCUGGCCAUCAGGCUGGAUGCCAUGUACCAGGCAGUAGAGCUUCCAGUAGGCAUUGCUGAUCUGGACACCAGCCUGGACAACAUGGAUGGAGAUGCACUCACGCAUGAUAUCAAUUGCUUAGAGGGUGAGGGUGAGAGAGAGAAGCAGACACUGGGUCUCGAUUACCAUUCCCGACAACUAAGAGUCGACAUAAGUAACGCAAUGAGGCCAUAAAACAGGUUUUAAAUUCAGGAAUACUCCUCCACACUUGUAAUAUGUGUUUUUAUACAAAGUAAAUGUUUCUCAUAUUUUAGAUUUAUAUAUGUAUAUACACAUGCAAUUACAUGGGUCAAUGUUUGUGCUGAUGUACAUAUUCGAAUGUUUAUAUAAAACCAUGAUUUGAGUAUUACAACACCAAGCUAAAUGCAGCCCAAACAGUUUAAAAUAUACAAUACUCUAUUUUCAAAUAUUCUUUGUUUAGUAUACAAAGCACCUGACAUGUAACUUUUAAAGCAUCUCAUAAAGAUUUCCAAUGCUUAGAUGCAAUUUUAUUCUCCUUGCAUGAUUAUAAGUAUUUCCAUUGACUGAUAUUCUUAUAGCACUUCUUUAUCUCUUCUUUAAAGCAGUAGAUUCUCUCCUUUGAUUUUAAGUGGCUCUUGGAAAUGGUUGGCUCUGCUCAGCAGACAACAGGUCCUGCUCUUGUCUUUUAUCAGGAGAUUGAACAUUUCUCUUAGUAAGCAUGGCUGGGUCCAGGUCCAUUUGUGAGGUCAUGAGUGUCCACCCACAGUCUGUGCAUAUUUUCUCCCCAGCCCUGCAGGUACAGGAUCAGGACAGCUGAUAGGGUUAUUUCUCUGUGCUCUGCAGAUACUAUAACACUAAAACAUGCAUAUAGGAACAUUCUGCUUUUCAGAUUGCCUUACGUGUGUCUGCUUAGAUUGUUUUCUUAAUUGCCAUUUGAACAGCAACAGAUGGUUACCAUGAGUACAACUCUUUACUAGACGUCAUAGUAAGUUGAGAUCAGCCUUUGGGAACUCCCUGUUUCAUCUCAAUUUAUAGGUGAAUGGGAUGCUAAGAAAGCCUGCUUCUCUCCCUUUUUUUAAUAUCUGAUAACUGAGGUGUGAAAAGACAACCCAAGGUCCCUACCACAUUUUACCAUCAUGCCACAAAGAAGGGAAAUUUUAAUGCUUGUCUCUUGAAUGUAAAUGAACACCCUGAGAAGCUAAUGAGACAGGCAUUUGGGUGCCUCCAAUGCACCUAAGCUCCUUCCAAGACCCCAUCCCUAGCACUCACUUGCAAAGAUUUUAUAUUUUUAAAAGACCAGGGAUUGGGGCUAAAGAGGUGGCUUGGCUUCGAAGAACACUUAACACCUUUACAGAGAAUACAUAUGGCAGCUAUCACCAUAGGUAACUACAGUUCCAGGGGACCCAGUGUCCUCUUGUAUGUACAGGCAUGCACAUAGUGCACAUAUAUCCAUGCAGACAAAAUACUCGUAUCUAUUAAAUGUAUGUGAAAAACUUUUAGAAACAAGGAAAAGUACAUAGACUUUGGACACUGUAAUAUCUAUAUUUUCUUUGUGAAUAAGGUAAAAGUAGUCCCCAUUAUCUUCCCAUUAGAAGUAAUCAUAGGAUAUUUGUAAAACACAUGUUAAAUAUAUAAAUUCUAUGUUAAUUAAAAUAUACACAUAAAAACCACUAGUGGCUGUCUCAUAAGUUCUAUGUGAUACAGAAGUCAGUGAUGUCAACUGGGUUAAGUCAUGAAUAAUAGAAAAGAAAUGAAUGAGGUUUUAUUUGUAGUUUUUUUUUCUUUCCUUAUUUUUAGAGAGAAAUACAUUUGAGAUUUCAAUGGAGAUGACUCAAGAAACUUUAUUUUAUUUGAAUAUCAUUGGCUUCCUGAUGCACUCUGUGUUGGUGCUGAUAGAAUGCAGGUGAUCUCUUAUGUCCCUAAUCAUUCAAGCUGAGAAUUAGGUCAUGGCACUGUGUAAUGGCAAGGAGAUUAUAGAGAAGGUAGCAAGUCAUUUGCAUAGCUUCUGUUUACAUUAUAUAUGGAUAGAAGAAUGAUUGCCUGCAUAUGUAGUUUACCUAAAUUUCCCCACAAACAGUAUUUCAAAAGUUCAUUUUCAAUAUAUUUGACAGCUGGAAAGUGUGACCUCUAGGUAGGCCUCCGAUUGCUAAUAUUAUACUUUAAAGUAGAUGAUUUAAUAGCCAAUUUUACAAACAAUCCUUUAUUUUAUUGAAUUUUCCAAUUAUUUGGUAUCUAAAAAUAAAUGAUCUGUCCCUAUCAUGUCACGUAACUGGUGCAAAUGCACAUGUUAUGGGCACAUAGGAAGCUCACCUGUUCAUUUUAUGAGGCCAUGUCCUUCUUUAUCAACUUAUGAUGACACUGUUGCUUGUUUCUUUCCUUUAUCAUUUCUGUUCUAUUUACAUAAAAUAACAGUUCGCUCUAUCUCAGUUUUCGAUAUUAAUGCCUUCAAGAUGGUAGCUAUAGAAAGACUCACUUCCUAAGAUUUUUCUUAGUGAAAAGAUCUGUUCCUCCCUUCUCUUCCUUAUUUCCAGUUGACUUGAAAUGCAGAGGAGGGUGGUUUCAGCCUGCAGACAACUCCCUGCUACUUGGUGUGUGUAUUUCAGUCUGUUUCGAUCAGAGGUUCUUUUGUGGUGUCAGUCCCCACCUGCACAAUUUUAUAGGCAAUACUUUCAAAGACCCAGUUACUCAUUAUGCAUCUGAGAGCCAUGUGGCUGGCAGAGGCAAUUCAAAAGGAAGCACACUUCCCCCCUCCCCCGCCCCCAACACACACUCGCAUACACACUACAGAUUUUUAGAGUGAAUAGAUUACUGUUUAGAGGACCUGCUUGCUAUGUCCUUACUACCUCUUGAUGAAGCCACUAAAAGCAGUGUUGAAGGCAGGGGAGAGAAAGCGAAGACUAAUGCUCAGUUAUCUCUUUCACAGCGAUAACUGGGUUCUGAGCACUUUGUGUGAUGGGGUUUUCACAGCAUCUUGUGGGAAAAUGUGUUAGGUCUUUGGAUGGAUAAGUGGGUUGCUUGUGGUCACACCUUACUCUUACUAAUGACCCUUAAUAACCAUAGACUCAGAUCUACAGUCAUAUCCUACCAGGAGACAAGACACUGCAGGUUCCUACUUGUAAAAUUGGAAGGAUCUUGUUUCAAAGAAUUUAGGAAUUAUUCUAUGCCUAUAAUCUCUCUGUCACUCUACUUACUAAAUAAUAUAAUGUUAUCUUAGAGUAGAAGAGUACUUUGAGUAAAUAAAAGAAAAACAUUAUUUGUAAUGAAUGAAAGUUUAUAGCAGGAAAAUUUACAUUAAAUAGCUUAGUAUUCUAAUGAUUUCAGAUACUAGUCCCUAGCAUUUUUUUUUAAUCUAAGACCAAAACAUUCUGUGUCAUAAUACCUAUAUUUUUCUAUAUGUCUGGAUGUAUAUCACAGCGACUACUUCACAAGCCACCAAAAUUCUUUUAUGAUUCUGAGCAACCUAACCACUUCUUGGAGAAACUUGUCAGACAAUAGUUUUAUCUGAGAAUUUCAUUACUGCUGCUGUAGAAAAAAAAAUGCAACCAAAAUUUUAACUAGGUUCUUCUUGGUAUUAUGUUUGUUCAGAGAGUUUUGCCCUUAGGAAGCUUCUAGAAUCAGCAGCAACCAGAGUAUAUACUUUACUUCAAAGCUUGCAUAUUUUAGACACAGGCAUGGACCCUGAAUUUCUGUUUCUGUUAGUGCGUUUCAGUACAAUGGUAAUGAGGGUCAGUAGUUUUCAACAAGUGGGAAUUUUGCAACGAUAAGUAUCCGGUAUGUUUUCUAUUUGGGCUGUACAAGAUAAAACAAAACAAAACAAAACAAAACAAAACAAAACAAAACAAAACAAACGAGGUAGUUAAAUGUCUCACUAAUGCUGUGCAGGAUGCUGGGAGAACUUGAUUUGUCUUCCCUCUCUGGUAAGACUUGAACCCUGAAUUUCAUAGCAUGUAAUUCUUACUGUGUAGUGAGAAUUACAUGGUAGUCAUGCACUGGGAAAGGAAGAUUUUAGUUAUUAAUUCAGAACUCAGUCCAAUCAAUCAUCUUUAUUUUAACAUAUCUGUAUGUACUUCAUUAAAAUGUGAGUUUGUAAGUUUUAUCUAAAUAUUUAGCCUACUAAUGUUUUUGCUUUUUACAUCUACGAGUAGAAAAAUUCAUAGGUGUGCUGGUAUGUUGAUAGUAAUGUAUCAGGAGCUUUAUGUAAAUGUACUUAGCUUUGCUUACAUUCUUCUGCAAGCAUCAUUAACUGGUUCUGGUGGAAUCACUUUAGCCCAGUGGUAGUCAGUUUAAUCUUAUGACUACCUUCACAACUGUCCUUUGAUCUGUGCUCCAGAUAUAUUUUACAAACUUGCUAAGCUCUGUGUUGGAUCUAGACUGUGUUUCUGAUGACCUUAGAACAUUCUCCAUGUAGGAGCAUGGCACCUUUGUUCUGGUGAUCUCGAUACAGGAUUGGAAACACACUGCCUAGACAAAAAUGGUACCCUGUGUUCUCUGCGUUCCUCACGUCUGGCUAAGUUCUUUACCAUGGCAUUGCGAUGUUGAACCUUGGGGAAGGUGAUGGCUGUAUUUUGUACAAAUGGUGAAUACUUAAAAGGGCAAGGUGGUUUUGAUACACAGAUGCUGAGUGGUGAGUUGUGAGCACAGCAUAGAGAUGUAUCUUUGAAUUCCUUGGCACGAGUGUACAAACAUGUGAUGUGUGAGAUAAAGCAGGUUCCACAGCGAAGUGAGCUCCCUCUUGGGAGAGUGCUGCUGCAACAAACUCAUUGCUCGAUGGUAUUUGUGCGCUAUUUGUAGGACUGGAAAAGCACAGUGGAACAAAUGUACUUCCCGAUGGGAAUUCUUGUUCAUCUUUUUGUAUGGAUGCAUUGGUGCAGUAUGAUGUCACAAAAAUUUGCAUUGUUGAAUUACAUUUCAUUUGCGGAGCUGGCCACUUGUUAAUGCUUCUAGCUGCUUCUCUAUAUGUCUGUGUUUGUAUAUUUUUACUUGAAAAUACUUCAAAUGGACAUUUGAAUAAAUAUUUCAUAGUUUACAUAUUAAGCAUCAUGUUUCUUUUCUAUAAUAAAUACUGCUUUAAGCUGAA